AUGGAUGACUUGCUUACGGGAACUAAUAGUGUCGAAGAAGGUCAACAGCUCUGUCAGGAAUUGCUUGCUAUAACCAAAUCUGCAGGCUUUGUCCUUCGCAAGUGGGCGUCAAAUAAUCUCGCGAUUAUUCGGGAUGUACCUGUGGAACUGAAAGACGAACGCACGCUACUAAAAUUGGACGCUUCAACGAUCAAAACCCUGGGACUACAGUGGGAUACCAUCACCGAUGAAUUUAAAUUCAAGGUUCCAAAGCAUAGUGAUCGACUACCGAUUACAAAACGAAUGGUCUACUCUGAUAUCGCACGCCUAUUCGAUCCCCUAGGACUGGUGGGACCAGUCGUAGUCCAGGCUAAGUUAUUUCUACAAAGGAUCUGGCACGAAAACAACGAUUGGGACGUUGAAUUAGGAGAAGACCUUCAGCACGAUUGGAUAGGAUUCAGAGAUAGUCUUCAAGACUUGACCAAUAUUACGGUGCCCUGA